GCAUUAAAUAAACGUUGCAGAUAUAACCAUCUUACUUGUGUUGUUUGAUAAUAUAUAAUUGAGAAGAUGGUUUUGGCUCCACAUAGAAGCUCGGAUUGUUGCUAAUUACUUUUAUUUUCCAAUUUCAUAUUUCGUUUUUAUAAUACACGCUUUUGUUUGACAUUUUUACAUCACUAGAUCGCUAUAUUGUAUAUAGUUACUAAAUUGCCAUUAUAUUACUGGAUUCCUUUCAUAUUUAGCAUGUUGUUGUAGAAUUUCCCGUGCAUGAUCCCUCACUGUUACUUUAAUUCAGAUUAAUCAAAAAUUUGUUCUAAUCCUCAAUACACACUUAUAGAAGGCAUAUUCAACAGUAUCUGUUCAGGAAGGAUUUAUAGAGUUGCUAUACAAAGCACUAAAUGUAGUAAAAUUAAUAUGACUCGUUCUACAAGCAGUACAAUAGAAGAUAGUGGUUUACUACCUAUAUCUAAUGAUCACACAAACAUACAAGUUUCAAAAGAAAAUGAUUUAAAUCAAUUAACAACCCUAUGCCAAGGUCAUUAUUGUGAACUUUGUUCGUCAGAAUCAACCGAUUUUUUGUCGACAUUCGUAUUGCCGAGUACUGUAGUAUCAAGCAAUGGAAUUAUUUCAGUCCAUAGAAAUUUAGCGGAUAAAAUAGAUGUCCACGAAGGAUUGGAUUUCUCGACACUAUUGGAUAUACCGAAAACAGAAAACGAUGAUAAAGGCUAUAAGGCGGAAGUAAAUAAAAUCGGGAGAAGAGGUUCAUGGCCAAGUGUAUUCUACGAUGUAGAUUUAAAACCUGGUUAUCAAAUAGAUGAAACACUUGGACUAACCACUCGAGAAAGAAAACAUUCCGAUGUACACUUAGAAACAAAACCCAAUCGCUCACCAUGGAGUUCUUUGAUCAAAAGAAUCAGAACAAGGAACAAGAAGGGAUCAAAUACAAAGAUAAAGUCCGAACCCAGUAUCAAUGGAACGGAAAUUCUUGUACGCUCCCCUUCAAACGAUCGCGUUCCUGAUGUUUUGAAAAACGAUGCUCCCCAAACACAAUAUGCGCAAUUCAAGCCUCUAACUAAGCUUCUUAAGAAUCCAAAGGCAAAGGAUGUUAAGUACAUCUCUAAUGGAACGCAUUCCGCAGUGGUUAGAAAGGGACGCCAUAAAGAGGAUGUGUUGGCUAUAAAUUAUGGACUUAUUCGAAUAAAAAAUUGUACUACAAGUCAGGAAUACGAAUGUAUUGAUAAAGACAGUGGAUCUAAUUAUAUAGUCAAAGUUGUAGAUGGCAAAUCACCCUGUGUUAAUCUUUAUGAGCAACUAUGCGAAACAUAUCACCCCAGCUUCGUAAAUGUUGUCCAAAUUUUGGAGGAUUCUAGACUAUUAUACAUUCUUCUUGACAAUUCUUCCGCUAUGACGUCUCUCCACGAGUUCUAUAUUUCAACUCCGCCAAAAUCAAUUACAGUUUCGAUGUUGCAUGAUAUAUUUUCCCGUAUUCUAAAGGGAUUAGCAUUUUUGCAUUCUAGAGGCUAUGUCCUUGGCUCACUUUCUCCUGAAUCAGUUCAGGUUCUCAUGGAUAGAAAGACUGGAAAAACUUCUGCGAUAAUAAGUGGUAUUGAUUCUGCUGUUCUUCUCGACAGUGGCUACAUUGACCCUUUUAUUUCUGAAGAUAGAAUAUCAGCAUAUUAUGCUCCGGAGGUUUCGGAACAUAAAGUAUUCUUGUCGAGUGAUUUAUGGUCCUGUGGAGUCAUGCUCUACCAGCUAGUUGAAGGCAGAUUGCCUUAUGAGGACCGUUAUAAUGGAGUUUGGGAUAACAAUUGCCUAUCUCGUUCUAAAAAUAUAAACCUAGAGUUCAAGUCUGAACUUUGGAGCGCUAGCGUAGAAAUGGCCGACUUCUGCAUCAGAGCCUUGCAGAUAGAUCACCACAGACGCAUAUCAAGUGCGAGUGAAGCCUUGAUACACCCCUGGAUUGUAAAUUAUACACAUUGA